CCUCGUGUUGUGCUCCUUUUUGUCCCUCGCUCGGUCCUCGCUCUGCCUGUGCUGCGAGACGAGAUCGGGGCGAGACCGGCCCAGGAGCUCGCCAGAGCACCGCCUCACCAAGAGCCAAUGGGCGUCCUGGGGUCUCAGGGCUGGGUUUCUCGCGGACGAAUUCUUGCGGUCGGGCCUCCACCGUAACACCGCGACCACGAGCACUGCCGCCUCCGCUGGCGCUGUGACAAGCCCGUCGCGCCAGAAGGCGCCCAGGCGCGAAGGGCCGAGCUCUGCACACCGAGGCGCCAAACCAGGAGGGGCGGGGAGCAGCAUCGCGGCCCUGCGCGAGGAAGGGAGCAGGCAGGCUGUGCACAGGGCCUGCGCGGGAUGGCGACAGAGAGAGAGAGAGAGAGCCCAGGCAUCCGCCAAUCUGAUGUUUG